AUGGAUCCCUGGCCUCCGAAGCGUGCGCAUGGCAGGGCACUGGAGGCCGCCAAGCAACCGGUGGCAGACGGGCCGCACCUGCGCAGCCGACAAUCUGUCGGCUUUGGUGAGACACUGCUGCGGGAGAUGCCGAUGCUCCUGGUUCCGAAGGAUGCCACGGCAUUUCUCCGCAGUGCAGCUCCCGACGUACUACUACAGGCUGCGGCUCGCCUUGGUGACAGCCAGCGCCUCGCAAGCUUCGUGGCCUUCCAGCAUCUUCCAGCAGAGCAGCAGGAGGCUCUGCUUGCGAUGGGUGUCCCCGAGGGCAGUUGCAGCAUCCGCGAGACCGAGCGUGUGAUCCGCACGUUCCUGCAGGACUUCCCUGUGUUUGCAGCUGCUGUUGACUGGAAGCUUUUCGUUGAGGUGGUCGGCAUCGUCAGCGAGCGGGGUAGCCGCUUGGCCAAUGGGAACUAUGCCGUGUACAAGUUGAUGGAUUUGGCUUCACACAGCUGCCAACCCAACGCUGUCGUGGAGACUCUCGACGAAGACGGUCUGCGGGAGCUGCGCUGCCUCAGCUAUGCUGGCAUCGCGGAGAACGAAGAGAUCUCAACAAGCUACGUGGCUGAGGAGGUCUUGCUCCAGCCCUCGGAACCCCGACGUGCGACCAUCCGUGCAGAGCGUGGAGGCUGGCACUGUGCCUGCAACCGAUGCAAGCUCGACGGCGAGGUUGCCAAUGACCUCCGCAGUGUUUCUGCCCAACUCCGUCGUGGCAUGGAGGUGCCUCCCUUGAGGGAACGUCUGCAGGCACUAAAAGCCAUCGAUACAGCGUUGCCCUUUGCUAUGGCGGCAAAGGCGCGUGUGCGAUUCUCGCUGGCACAAGCAUGCGAGGCCGCCGUCGAUCAGGGGCUGUUUGAGGAGGCCAAGAUGUUGUACGAGCAAGCCUUGGAUGAGACAGACAUAGUGCUUGGGCAGAAGGGGCUUCGAAAUCUUGCCAACAUAAAGCGGCGGCUGGAGCAGCUGCUGGAGACAAUGGCGUGA